AUGGACUCCAUAUUCAAUUCGACAGCGACCAAUCCGCGAGGAAUACCCAGUGCUCCAUUUGUAGAAAGGGUAGAAGAUUUUGUGAAAGACCCAAAUGAUUUUGAGCUAUGCUUUAAUAAAUUUCAGGAACGCUUGUCCAAGUAUAAGUUCAUGCAAGAAGCCAAAUUGGCGACGCUCAAGCAAUUACAGAGUAAGAUCCCCGACAUUAAGAAUACAUUGAGCAUGUGUCGGCUAUUGGAGCAAAGAAAAGAAGACGAGGAGUACUUCGAGACCAAUUAUCAGCUUAACGAAACUUUAUUCUCUAGGGCAGAGGUAGACACAUCAGAGGAUGUAAAAGUCGGACUUUGGCUCGGAGCAGAUGUAAUGCUAGAAUACCCAAUUCAAGAGGCAAUUGAACUGCUACAACAGAAGCUGGCUGAUGCAAAAGAUAAUCUCAAUCUUGCGCAGGAAGAUUUGGAAUUCUUGAGAGAAAAUAUCACAACCAUGGAGGUCAAUUGUGCAAGGCUGUACAACUGGGACGUUGAGAAGAAAAGAGAGUUAAAACAAGCACAACAGGGCACAGAAAACUUAAAGAUUUAG